GAAACACUCGCACUCUUACUCCUCUCUAUACUUUGACCAUUGCUUCAGGUACGGAGGGAGUCAUUAUCUCUCUCUUUCUCUCUGCAAUAGUCAUGGACUCCGAAAAAUCCAGCAUCGAGCUAUCGAGAAACGAAUCCUACCCUUACUCUUUCCUAACCUCUGCACUUGAUCCUCCACCUCCAAAUCUUGAGUUUUCCUUCACAUCCUACAACGGAAAUAGCAGCCUACAACCAUCGUCUGGUGACACAGACACUUCGUUAAAACUACGACCGGCGCCGGAGGGAUACACGUCCUUGGGUUUUUUCAUCGUAAUAGGAUCACUCUUCUUUGGCACCUUCUUAAUCGCGCUGGAUACCACAAUCAUCGGGACAGCAAUCCCGGCGAUUACGAGCACUUUCCAUACACUAGAUGAUAUCGGAUGGUAUGGGAGUGGCUAUUUGCUUACUUUGACUGCGCUGCAGCCUAGUUUUGGAAAAUUGUAUAAGCUGUUGAGUAUUAAAGGGAUUUACUUGACAUGUGUUGCUGUCUUUGAAGUGGGUUCGAUAUUGUGCGCCGCAGCUCCAUCCUCGCCGGUGUUCAUCGCAGGACGAGCGAUCGCGGGUUGUGGAGCGGCCGGAUUGCUCCAAGGCGCUUUGGUCAUUAUUACGAAUACAGUACCGCUACAAAAGAGACCUCUUUACUUGGGGGUGGUAAUUAGCGUCUUCGGUAUAUGUGUUGGAAUUGGGCCUGUACUUGGAGGGACAUUUUCGGAUCAUGCGACGUGGCGGUGGUGUUUCUGGAUCAAUGUUCCAAUUGGAGCUGUGGUCAUGGUACUCAUAACCGUUUUCCUUCGGCUGAAAAGUAACAACGAAAAGGACCAUUUUAGCUCUACAACUUUGGGCCAAAAGAUCAAGCAGCUCGACCUAGCCGGAACAAUCUUGAUCGUCGCUUCCAUCUGCUCCCUUCUGCUCGCCAUGCAAUGGGGUGGCCAAACUUUGCCUUGGAGGUCGCCCGAAGUCAUUGGUCUCUUUGUCGGCUCUGGGUUGAUGUUUGUUCUUUUUCUCUUGGUCCAAUGGCGAAUGGGUGAUGAUGCUACGCUGCCGUUCUCGAUUCUUAGGCAGAGGUCAAUUGUUUCCGGGGCUUUCUACCUGCUAUUCUUUUCGAUGCCUACAUAUGUGUACGGUUACUACAUCCCUAUCUACUUCCAAUCCAUCAAAGGUUUCAGUGCUUUGAAGAGCGGGGUGGAAUUUCUUUCUUUAGCACUUCCACAGAUCGGAUUCACAGUGCUUUCGGGAGGGCUGGCCUCGAGAUUCGGCUAUUACACGCCGUACUUGAUCCUCGGAACUGCUAUUGGUAUGGUCGGAUCCGGUCUCAUAACGAUGCUGGAUAUGGAAACACAUCUUGCAACUUGGGUUGGUUAUUUCAUCCUGUUCGCUAUCGGCACGGGUAUAUCCAUCAAUCACCCAUAUACUGCUGUCCAGGCCGUGCUGAGUGAGGCAGAAGUUCCAACUGGUAAUGCAAUUCUUCAAUUCACCUUUCAAUUAGGUGGUUCAUUGAGCCUGUGUAUCGCGCAAACGAUAUUCCUCAACCGUUUAACGGCAGAGGUUACGCAGAAGCUCCCGAAAAUGUCGCCGAAAUUGGUGAUCGCAGCAGGUGCAUACAAUUUACGUGCUCUGGCACAGACACCGGAAGCUCUAGUUCUGCUGCGGGAAGCUUAUCGAGAUGCAAUUCGGGAUGUCUUCAUCUUUGCGCUUGUUGCUGGGGGCUUGGCGCUUUUGUUUUCAUUGGGGUUUGAACAUCGGAAUGUGAAAGCUGUUGCUAAAGACAGGGAGGCGAUACAGAGUGAAUCGAAAGAAUGGUUGGCCGUCUGAGGAGACAGAACUUAAGAUGAGAUAUUAGGGUUUCGCGUCCAGGGAUGUUCACGGCGUGGUUGUCAUCAGGGUCUCUCUUUGCCUUAUAAGCAUUUAUAAUGACUUUUGAACCCUAGGUUUCUAG